AUGUCGUUCUCGUCGAACGAUACGAUGCGGCCGCUGGCACUGCAGCGCUCCCAUUCGCUGCCCCACCUGACGAACUCCCGGGAAGAUUCCGGGGUGGCGCUGAGUGCCAGCGGUUCCUGCAGCGGGCUGAACAAUCUCGGAUACGGUUCGGACGGAUCGUCCGGCAGGCGUCACCGGCACCAUCACCAUCAUCACCGCCAUCACGAUCUGAAGAUACCGUACGGCGCGCGUCUCGUCGCCGACCUGCGACAGCUGAUAACGCUCAAGCAGCACUAUUAUCCGGAAGGUGGUUGGGGCUGGCUCGUCACGUACAUCGGGAUCAUCAUCAACUGCAUCGCCCACGGUUUGCAGCUGUCCGCCGGUGUAUUCCUGCUGCAGACGGCCCACAUCUUUCCCCAUCUGACUGUGGCCGCAGUACAAACCAUUCUGGACAUUGCUUCGCAAGUCGUCCAAAAAUUCCUCAGCUGA